GCGCUGGCGGCCGCCGCAGGAGCCGCAGCUCUUGCCCCUGUUCUUUGCCUCUGGUUUUGUUGGUGAGGAUAUCACAGUGAUGUCUGCAUUCAACCUGCUGCAUUUGGUGACAAAGAGCCAGCCAGUGGCCCUGCGAGCCUGUGGGCUUCCCUCAGGGUCAUGUAGGGAUAAAAAGGACUGUAAGGUGGUCUUUUCCCAGGAGGAGCUGAGGAAGCGGCUGACACCCUUGCAGUACCAUGUCACUCAGGAGAAGGGGACUGAAAGUGCCUUUGAGGGGGAGUACACACAUCAUAAAGCUCAAGGAAUAUACAAAUGUGUUGUUUGUGGGACUCCUUUAUUCAAGUCAGAAACAAAGUUUGACUCCAACUCAGGUUGGCCUUCCUUCUAUGAUGUGAUCAGUCCUGAUGCAAUUACUUUCAACGAUGAUUUCUCCUAUGGGAUGCAUCGGAUUGAAAUAUCCUGCAGUCAGUGUGGUGCUCACCUGGGGCAUAUUUUUGACGAUGGACCUCGCCCAACUGGCAAACGGUACUGCACAAACUCUGCUUCGUUAUCUUUCAAGCCAGCAGACAAGAACAACGCUGGAGAAGGCAGUGGUAACAGCAGUCCUGCCCAAACAGGCAAAGCUGAGCUGUAGGACGGAGCAAGACCUGCAGAAAACUGCGCAGAUCCCACACAGCUUACAAGGAAUGUUUUCUAAGUUGCCUGCUCUCUUAUAUCCUGAGAAUGCUUAAAUGAAUGAAAGCAUUUUGCACCAUCCUUCUUCUUCCUCUCCUUUUCAGAACUGAGGCCCUGCCUGCUGGUGCAUUUACUAUAUAAUUGGAUUGAAAAAUGUGUUGACUGACUCCACAGGUUUUCUUUUCCUUUCUCUUCUUUGAGAUUGCUUUGGGGAAUCCUUAAAUUAAGAGGCUUUGGCAUCAUUAGUUAUUAGUUUCUUCCUAGUGCUGUGUUAUUCUAGGUUUGAGCACUGUUCCUUUUUCUGUGGGAGAUGGGACUUGUGUUUAUCUCCAGUCUAUGUGAAACUUCUGGGCAUAAGAAAAUCCUCAAUUCCGAGCACAUCUCUGCUUUGUUCUGACUUGCGAGGCAUGCAGCCUUUGGUCAUAUGUAUUCAGCCAUCUCCCAGCAUCAGCCGCACCCUGCAGAAACUUGUAGUUAUGGCUGUUCCUUCCCAACUGAGAGAGAUGGAUGAGAUGUAAAUCCCAUCCUUUGGCUAAUUCACUGCCAAAACUCAAGGGUGUGGUUGAAAGGACGUAAACAUUGUCUGAGCAUCUAUUUCCCCCUUUAUUUAGUAUUUAAAUAAAGGUUUUAACUAGUAAGGCUCAUUUCUGUGGGUAGCUAAUGAAGCUUUGUCUUUUUGUGAGGCCUGUUCAGCAACUGUAACUCAAACCCGAAUUAAAGCUGAAAUCUGCAGGGGGUAAUUAUAAGGACAAGUUCAGAGAUAACCUUGAAAAGUGAAGUAAACGAGGGAUGACACUCAGCUCUUUAUCUUGUCGGUUGCUACAAGGAUUCAGAAACACAACAGUUUCUGCUAAAAUGGGGUUUAGGAAUGAAUGUGGAGACAGAGGGAGAUCCUCCUGAAGUAUCCAGUUUUAAAGAUUGGCUGGUCCGGAUGCGUAUUGCCUACAAGGCCACAGCCUUUAACUUGUGCAGUUGUGGUGCAGGACAUGAGUGAGGGGGUUGGUGUAAGAAGGUAUUUGCAAAAAGCCUGUCAGAGCUCCAGAAAUUUUCAUGUAGCAAAAUUUGCUGUCCCAUAAGAUGUUUUUCACAGCUGCUUUUACAUUCUGUUGAUAACAGUUUGUCUAGAACUGUGCAUAAUAUUGUUCUUUAAGUUAUACUAUACAGUAUUUGCUAACACCACUUUGCCUUUAAGCAUUGAGAGACUUAAUGAAUAUAGUAUUUACUUUUAUUAGCAAACUUUAUGAAUAAGAUAUUUGGAUCCAAUUUUGUUUCUAGUAGGAGCAAAGCUACCGCUGAUUUUUGUGGAAGCAGGGUUGGGUUUUUUUAUGUCAGUGAUAAUGGAUGUAUUACCUAAAGUACAGACAUCCUUCAGUUAAACUGUAGCUACUGUAACAACAUACAGAAUGAUCAGAAUUGCCUUUUUUUUAGCAAGAUAUGAAAAAAAGCAUACAAUACCUUAAUAGAUGCAAAUAAAGAUGAUAAAUAGAGC